GUUCCGCCCGCACUUCCGGGUUCUCCGCCGGCCGCCGCUCCCGGCGCUUCCAAACCCCAAAAAACCCCAAAAAAUCCCAAAAAUCCCCCAAAAACCCCAAAAACCCCCAAAAUGGCGCAGUACAAGGGCGCGGCCAGCGAGGCGGGCCGGGCGCUGCAGCUGAUGAAGAAACGCGAGCGGCAGCGCGAGCACAUGGAGCAACUGCGCCUGCGCAUCCAGGAGGAGAACAUCAUGAAGUCCAACAUUGAUAAGAAAUUCUCGGCUCACUACGACGCCGUGGAGGCCGAGCUGAAAUCCAGCACCGUGGGCUUGGUGACCCUCAAUGACAUGAAGGCCAAGCAGGAGGCGCUGGUCAAGGAGCGCGAGAAGCAGCUGGCCAAGAGAGAGCAGAGCCGGGAGCUGCAGCUGCAGCUGGAGCGGCAGCGGGAGCGGCAGCGCCGUCAGGAGGCGCAGAGGAAAAUCAGCUCGCUGAGCUUCAGCCUCGGGGAGGAGGAGGAGGAGGAGGAGGAGGAAGCCCCCGAGGAGGCCCCAAAAAAGCGAAAAUUGGGCAAAAACCCCGACGUGGACACGAGCUUCCUGCCCGACAGGGACAGAGAGGAGGAGGAGAAUCGGCUGCGGGAGGAGCUCAGGCAGGAGUGGGAGGCCAAACAGGAGAAAAUCAAAAACGAGGAGAUCGAGAUCACCUUCAGCUACUGGGACGGCUCCGGGCACCGGCGCACCGUCAAGAUGAAGAAGGGGAACACGAUGCAGCAGUUCCUGCAGAAAGCUCUGGAGAUUCUGCGCAAGGAUUUCAGUGAGCUCCGGCUCGGCGGGGUGGAGCAGCUCAUGUACAUCAAGGAGGAUCUGAUCAUCCCCCACCACCACAGCUUCUACGACUUCAUCGUCACCAAGGCCCGCGGCAAGAGCGGCCCGCUGUUCAACUUCGACGUGCACGAGGACGUGCGGCUGCUCAGCGACGCCACCGUCGAGAAGGACGAGUCGCACGCCGGGAAGGUGGUGCUGCGCUCGUGGUACGAGAAGAACAAACACAUCUUCCCCGCCAGCCGCUGGGAGCCCUUCGACCCCGAGAAACGCUGGGACAAGUACACGAUCCGCUGAUGCCGAAGGAGCCCCCGGGACCCCCCCCAUGGGUGGGGGAGGGGCUGUGCCCCGCCCCUCCCCUCCCCCCUCUGUGUGCCCCUCCCCC